AGCGGGGCGGGCGGAGGCGCCGGGGGAGGAGCGCCGCGGAGCCCGCCGCGUCCCCGGGAGGCGAUGUCGCCGGGCGCGGGCCCCUGCGUCAGGCGGGCGCCGCGACAGGCCGGCCGGUGAGGCGCCGCCGGGGGAGGCCGCGACGGAGCGCCCGGACCCGCCAUGGGCUGAGACACGUCCUCGCCGAGCAGAACAUGCCGGGGUGACUCCCUCCCAGACCUUCCUGGUGGCCUUCCUCGCCCUCCCCGGUGACACUAUGCAACCCCCGCGUGACCUGCGCGGCCUCUGGCUCCUGCCGCUGCCCUGGUUCCUGCUCCUCGGCGAGGUGGCCAGAGCCGGCCGGCCGGGGUUCAGCUGCCCCGCCGCCUGCCUGUGCGCCAGCAACAUCCUCAGCUGCUCCAAGCAGCAGCUGCCCAACGUGCCCCACGCCCUGCCCAGCUACACCGCCCAGCUGGACCUCAGCCACAACAACCUGAGCCGCCUGCGGGCCGAGUGGACCCCCACGCGCCUUCCCCACCUGCACUCCCUGCUGCUGAGCCACAACCACCUGCACUUCAUCUCCUCCGAGGCCUUCUCCCCGGUCCCCAACCUGCGCUACCUGGACCUCUCCUCCAACCAGCUGCGGACGCUGGAGGAGGCGCUGUUCAGCGAGCUGCAGGCCUUGGAGGUGCUGCUGCUGUACAACAACCGCAUCGGGCCGGUGGACCGCUCGGCCUUCGAGGACAUGGCCCAGCUGCAGAAGCUCUACCUGAGCCAGAACCUCAUCUCCCGCUUCCCGCUGGAGCUGGUCCGGCUCCCCAAGCUGACGCUGCUGGACCUCUCCGCCAACAGGCUGAAGACCCUGCCGGUGUCCGACCUGCAGAAGCUGCCCGCGUGGGUCAAGAACGGGCUGUACCUGCACAACAACCCCUUGCUCUGCACCUGCGAGCUCUACCAGCUCUUCGCCCACUGGCAGCGCCGGCAGCUGAGCCCCGUGGUGGACUUCCAGGAGGACCUGCACUGCCUGAGCGCCAAGAAGCCGCACAGCGUCUUCAACCUCAACUGCAGCGAGUACAAGGAGCGGGCCUGGGAGGCCCACCUGGGGGACACCUUGACCAUCCAUUGUGACACGAAGCAGCAGGGGAUGACCAAGAUGUGGGUGACCCCCAGCCACGAACGGGUGCUCGACGAGCCGGCCAACGGCACCGUGAGGGUGAUUGAGGACGGCAGCCUUCACUUCCAGAGCGUGCAGGUCGAGGACGGGGGCGUGUACACCUGCUUCGCCGUGGGGGAGGCUUUCAACGAGACCCUGUCCGUGGAGUUGAAGGUGUACAACUUCACCUUGCACGGACACCACGACACCCUCAACACCGCCUACACCACCCUGGUGGGCUGUAUCCUCAGCGUGGUCCUGGUCCUCAUCUACCUGUACCUCACCCCGUGCCGCUGCUGGUGCCGGGGGGUCGAGAAGCCUGCCAGCCACCAAGGAGACAGCCUCAGCUCCUCUAUGCUCAGCACCACACCCAACCACGACCCCAUGGCCGGCGGGGACAAGGAGGAGGAUUUUGACCGGCGGGUGGCCUUCCUGGAACCUGCUGGGCCUGGGCAGGAUCAGAAUGGCAAGCUCAAGCCAGGCAACACCCUGCCGGUGCCCGAGGCCCCAGGCAAGGGGCAGCGGAGGAUGUCAGACCCGGAGUCGGUCAGCUCGGUCUUCUCUGACACGCCCAUUGUGGUGUGAGCAGGAUGGGGUGGUGGGGAGGUUCUGCCCCAGGAGAGGUAACGCGCCCCCGAAGGAUUGGAGGGGAUGGAAGAGGGGGCUGGCUGCCCAAGGGCGUGGGUUCCCCCUGACCUCGAGAGAAUUGGUCAUGGGUACAACAGAAGCCAAGGCCCCCACCAGGGUGUGGCCGCCAUGAUUUUCAGAUCUGGAUCUAUCAGUCCUCAGGCCAAUGCUGCACCCUCCCCAGAGCCCCGGCAUUCGUCAAGGCGGUGAAGGAGGAGGGGCGUGUCCGAGUUGGGUGGGAGUGAGGAAGGGGUGGGGGGAAGAGCCGAUUCCCUAACUUGUCCGAGGUCAUCCCUCGCUCCUUAAGAGAAACUCAUUUGGGGGGAAUCUUUUUCUCUCUCUCUGCCCACUCACACCUGUGAGGUUGGGUGUGUUAGGGGAGCUUCCGCAGGAGCCAAUGGAGACGCUGUAGUGUCGCCUCUGGCCAGGAAGUCACACUCCGUGGCCAGGGGGAAAUUGGAAACCGUUGGGAGAAUGAGUCAGGAAAAGGCUGAGACCUCAAUCAAUAGCUCUCCCCAAGCUCUGAGACUUCCCCAAUGCCUUCGUUUCUCCCAAGGAGCCUGGCUUGCUGCCCGUCAGAGAUGGCGGCGAGGGGAGGUGUGGUGUCUGUGCCCUGUCCUGGGACCAGUGGCGCAGAGGGGUCCUCCCGAGAGCAGAGGUGCAGCACAAAACCAGGAGCAUGAGUCUGGGGGUGCGAACUCCAGGUUGGCUCGUUUGGUUCCUGCACCUGCCUGUCAGGCCAGGGUGGGGGCUGCUGAAGGCAGAGCUUUUAUGGCUGGGUGCCUGCCAGGGACGGGGCCAGGUCACACAGGAUGGGGAGGUGCCGCCACCUCUUAGGUAGCAUCCCGCUGGUCCCACCUGACUCUGUGAUGCCGUCUCCUCAUCGGCUCCGGUGGGACUCUGAGGUUCCCCAGGAUGCUGCUCUGCGGAGGGUAGAGUCCUGGGACGCCUGGCCCCAGCUGGGUGAGCUGGGCAGGGGACGCGGGGGGACCAGGUGUGUAUCUCCUGUGUCGCCAGGGCUGCCUUGCUCCUCUCAGAUCGAGCCCCUGCUGCAAAGCCACGCGUGGGAUUCCGUAGCUGAUGGGUUGGAAUUUGGAGGUCUUUGCCCCAGAAUGGCAGUUUGGAGUGUGGCUUCGAGUUCUGUGUCUCCACGAGGUUCCAGGCCGUCUCGUAACGGAGAUAGUGAUGGAGACAGUCGGUGGCACUGAAGUGUCAGGAGGGGAGCUUUCAGAGGUCUGUGCAGUCGGGGUGGGCAGGCCAGGAACCUAAGACAGGCCGGCAUUCCAUUCCAUCCGCGGCUGCAGAGCGCUCUGGGAUGGAGGUGGCCACUCCCCCCUGGGAGAGGGCUGCUCUGUGCUUGGUCGAGGGCAUGAGCAGGGCGGAGGUGAGAAUGUCCCGACGUUGGUCUGUCGCAGUCUGUCCCCUCUCUCUCCCCAGCUUCCCUGCCCAGUGUUCGUUCUCCAGAUCUCCGACCUCCUUAGGUUCCAAGAGGUGUCGUUUGCCUGUGGGUGAGGCUGCUUGCGAGGAGGGACUGCCCCGCCGCCUGUGAAGAUUGGGGACGGGGACGGGGAGGUCAGGGCUGCUGGUCAUCCUUUCUCAGUGCCCAGUUUUGUCGAGAGGUGCAGCAUCUCCCUCAAGUACUUGCAUGCUCGUAGGUACGCAUGCUCCUAGUCCGCAUGCACGCAGCACCCUGCCUACCAUCGGGACCGCGGUCCUUCAGUCCCCACUAAGCGUCUCCGAACGGUCCGCCUACGUGCACCACGCCACGCACACCAUUCUCUGCCCCGUAGGAGACAGUGAUCCCGCCAGGCUCCCCAGAUAAACUUUUGUCCUUUAAAUUCUGGACUCUGAAGCGUCACCCACAUCUCCAUGGCACCCAGGAAGUUCUCCGCAAGGCCUGGAGUUAGGAGAGGACCUUGGGAGAAGGGGUGAUGAGGGGAUGGCCAGGUCUUCAGGCCCUCAGAAACCUCCCAUGGACGGAAGGCAGUAGAUGACACGGAAGUGCACAGCUAGGUCAAGGGAGAACCCAGGGGACACUGCAGGGGACCGAGUUGCUCUUCUGCUCUUAACUGCCCCGGUAAGACGGGCCGGGAGGGCCAGGUUGUCCGAUUAGGUUCUGGAACCUGUGGGGAGUUUGUUACUGGGGCUGGAGGAACCAGGGCUCCCUGCUUGCUUCCCGGGGAGCCUGGGAAUCUCACCUCCGCGCUGCAGCCACCCCUCCAGGAGCCGCCUAGGGCGCUGACAGCCUUAAGUGAGCUGAGCGUCGAAUGAAGCAGGCCUUCUGGGGCCUUCUAGCGAGUUCCUGAGGACGAGGAGGGCCUCAGAAGUCCUGCCCAAGUUGGGGAACAGGAAAAGGCUCAUGGCUGUACGUCUCCCUGCUCUGCCCCCUAGUUGGAGAGGAUGGGAGGUGUGCCUGGCCCUCCCCCCAAAGGCUGCAGGAUUAGCCUCUCCUGUGGUUUCCGCUGAUGGAGCCCCAGGUCGCUGUCUCUGGGGGACCGAGGACUCAGCAUAUGGAAGCUCCCUAACCCUGGGGAGGAAGCUGCCAGGUCUGGUUCUAAGAACAGGCCAAGAGGUCACCCCUCCACCUCCACCCCCACCCCCAUAAACCAGGCACAGCUCCCCGGAAGCAGGGGUCCCUGGAGACAGUACAACAGGGCUCUACAGUCUGUCUGUGUGUAGCCUUUUUUUUUUUUUUUUUUUGGUUGUAUUUAUGGGGCUCCUAGGAAGGGGCCCGGAGAAGGUGCAUCCCAGCUGGGGAGGGCAGGGCCGACGGAUUCAUUUUUCUGUGUGUUCUUACCUCUACUUCCUCGUAGCCCUGCUGGCGAAGCAAGCUGGCUUCCCGCGUCCAGGCCCCCGUCUCCUCCUCCCCGCACCGUGUAUACCCAGGCUGGCAAACCUCGGAGCCUCUGGGCUCUGACAACUAGACAACCAUCAUUAAACCUGGCUUGAGUCUCUGUU